AUGAAAAAUACUGGUCGUUGUGCAUCGCCGUCCAUCAUACUUUUAUUAUUGAGAAUAUUCAACUGCCAGCGUUAUCCAGUUUUAAAAUGUACGACUCAUACAAAUUAUUUCUAUCCCAAGAUGUCAGAGUCAAUGGCUGUAGAAGGUCUUCCGCCUCCACGAGAAAUUUCCCCACUUAUAAGAACAGCACGUUGGGGAUUGUUGUUUAUCGGAAUUGCUUAUGGAGCUUUACGAUUAUCAUAUCUAAAGAAGAGGGAGGAGUCAAUUUUCAAGAAAAAUAAGGUUAUUAUAGAACAGAGAUUGAAGAAAUACAAUGAUCGGUUAGCUGAACAAGCGUUGAAGUCACUUCAAGAACUGGCUAGAGAGACCGGUAUAACACCUAAGGAUUAGAUAAUAACUGCGGACGAAAUUUAGAAUCUACUGUAAUGUUCAAAUAUUCUAGAUACAUGAAUAACUUGCAUCUAUCUCUUUUUAUUUGUUUACAGUUUUAUGUUGACACUUCUUUUUCAACUUUCAAGAGAGUUAAAAUGAAACUGUGUCUGAAUAUAGUAGCAUGUUUCUCGUGAAAGAGUGAUCUUCAUCCUAAUUUACUGCUGCGAAAUAUGGCCUCACAAAGUGGGAGCAGUAAUCGCAUGCUUUAGAUAUCGCCGAUAUUAACCGUAGAUCACUAAAUCGAUGCGAUAUAUGCACGUGGCUGGACACUACUUGCACCAAUACAUUGUAUUAGCUGAGAUUGGGUUCAAGUAAUUGUAUACUUCCUAGUGCAGAUCAGCUAGGCAGUUGAAGUUAGUGUUCACAAAUACUUCAAGUGAUGGGGCGCAAAAAUUGAUAUCAAUGCAUCCGUUGCAUUCAUUCUUCAUUUUGAUCCUUUAGUGGGUUUGGAAUCUUGACUUAACACUAAAUAUUUUGUCAUCCUACAUUUUUUAGUUCACGUAUUCUAUUGUUGUCCCUGUUUUGUCCCCUAGUUCUUUACCACAAUCAUGAUUUGUACUCUCAGCUUAUUUAUACUUUUAUAAAAGACUUUAUAU